AACUCGCUUCUUCCGCAAGCCACUCUAACUCUACCGUCUGGAGAAAAACAGACAGAUCACGUGGUUUGCCGGUAUGGUACCGCAACACAAAAAUCCAUUUACAGCCUAAUGACGUGGACGUCAACAAGUAUGGCGGAUCCAGAGGAGCUAAAGUCGACUUCUUGGGAGAAAGACCUCACAGAUGCACUAGAAGCAGGGGGAUGUGACCUUGAAACUGUUAGAAAUAUAAUCCAAGGUAGAACUUUGUCAUCUGAGCUGAGGACCAAAGUAUGGAAGAUUGCACUUAAUGUAGCAGGUAAAGGAGACAGCUUAGCGUCAUGGGAUGGUUCCUUAGAUUUGCCGGAACAAGCCUUGAUACACAAAGAUAGCCAAAAAUUAGUUGAUCAACUGUCAGUAUCACAAGAAGAAAAAUCAGUAUUAAGUUUAGAUGUUGAAUCUGUUAUCACCUUCUUUUGCAAAUCCCGAAACAUUACAUACAAUCAGGGUCUCAGAUGGACAGACCUGCUUAAGCCAUUUUUGGUGCUUCGGCUACAACGCAGUGACCUCUACAACUGUUUUUAUGCUGUCAUGAAUAAGUAUAUCCCCAGAGAUUGUUUACCAAGAGGUCGUCCAUUUCAUCUCUUCAGGCUGUUACUACAGUAUCAUGAGCCAGAACUCUGUUCUUUUCUUGACACCAAAAAGAUUACUCCUGAUACCUAUGCACUCAACUGGCUAGGAAGCCUGUUUUCUGGAUACUGUUCAGUGGAUGUCACACAAGCACUUUGGGAUGUGUAUCUACAGCAGGCGGAUGCAUUCUUCAUGUUCUUUCUAAUGCUUAUAAUACUAGUUAAUGCAAAAGACACUAUUUUGGGACAAGAAAUGGAAACUAAAGAGGAUAUCAUAAGAUUCCUAGAAAGCUCUCCUUGUAAUCUGGAUAUUGAAGAUAUUGAAGAUCUUUUCACUCUAUCAGUUUAUUAUCAUAACAAAACUCCAGCAUCUUUCAGAAAGGAUAACCAGUGUCUUUUUGGAAGCAGCUUACUUGGCCUGAAGGAUGAUGAUAUGGAUCUAAGCCAGGCUCUAUGUCUGCCAGUCUCUGUAUCAGAAAUUCUCCAAGCAAAUCAGCAGCAAGGGGAUGGGGUUCGAUUCUUUGUUGUAGAUUGUCGGCCUGCUGAGCAGUACAAUGCUGGACACCUGUCAACAGCAUUCCACUUGGACUCUGACCUGAUGCUUCAGAAUCCAUCUGAGUUUGCACUAGCUGUAAAGUCAUUGUUAGAAGCACAGAAACAGUCCAUAGAGUCUGGCUCAAUAGCUAGUGGUGAACAUCUCUGUUUCAUGGGUAGUGGCAGAGAAGAGGAGGAUAUGUAUAUGAAUAUGGUCCUAGCUCACUUUCUGCAGAAAAAUAAGGAGUAUGUCAGUAUUGCCAAAGGUGGAUAUAUGGCAUUACAACAGCACCUUGUGGACAUGAACAUCGAUGGAUUAGAGAAUGGUUAUAGUGAGUGGAUUGUUAGCACAUCUGGACCAAGAAAUAGUAUUAGUUCUGUUGAUGGUGACUUAACUAAUGGUUCUGCAGAUGGAAAGGGGGUCAAGUCACUGGUCAAUAAAAUGACCUUUGCCCUGAAGUCAAAAUCUGUAAAUGUGAAAGAAAAGGUGAUAAGCUUCAUAGAAAACACAUCAGCCCCUGUUGACAGAAUAUCUUUAAGUCUUUCCUGGCCAGACAGAGUGAGUACUGAUCGGCAUGUGAGCAGCAGUGACAAAUUGGGAAAACCCUACCGUGGGGUAAAACCAGUUUUCAGUAUUGGAGAUGAAGAGGAAUAUGAAACAGAUGAGAUUGACAGUUCCUCAAUGUCCGAUGAUGACCGGAAAGAGAUAGUUAACAUCCAAACAUGGGUCAAUAAACCAGACACUAAAUACCAUUUUCCAUGCAAUGAAGUCAAGGAAACUGGUCACAUGUUUCCCAGCCAUUUACUAGUGACUGCAACUCAUAUGUAUUGCUUAAGAGAAAUUCCAUCUCGAAAUGGACUAGCCUAUAUCCAGUCACGUCAGGCCCUAAAUUCAGUAGUAAAAAUCACCUCCAAAAAGAAACAUCCAGAACUUAUUACCUUCAAAUUUGGGAGCUCCGGUUCUUCAGGUGUAGAGAUUUCAGCAGUAGAAAGGUAUUUGAUACCAAAUGCAGGGGAUGCCACUAAAGCCAUAAAACAACAGAUUAUGAAAGUUUUGGAUGCCUUAGACAGCUGAUAAGAAGAAAUCCUUCUGUUCUACCCUUUUCAGAACAUUAGAAAAUAAAAAUGCAAAAAUACCCUACCAGGAGUAUGCAGUGGAAAUUUUCUACAUUCUAACCUAAGAAAAGCUGAAUCUGACUUUUGACUGAUGAGCAGCAGACUCGCAGUGUGGAAGAUGGAUCAAAAGCAAUGCAUUGGAUGUUAACUUAUUCCCAUUUUUAUUUUGACUGUUUCUUAAAAAAUAUUUCCAUGUGUUUGGUUGAUGAAAUGCCAUGUUAAAGGUUACUUUUUUUUUAAACAGUUGCAUUUAGUACUCACUUCUGUGUAUGAAAUUAAAAGACUUAUUUUCAACAGGAAGGUAGAGAAAUAUUAUACAAUACCCAAAUGUGGAUUAAAUAGUUUGCAUGGUGUCUAUAUGAUACUCCAUAUACAGAAACUGCCUGGAUGGUCACUCAGACUGGUUUCACAUUUUCAUAGAUACAAAGAAACUUUUAUUAUAUCUUGUUUUCUAACCGUAUGGAUACUGUUUAAGAAGAGCAAAUUGGUGUACAAGACUGCAAGAUAGUGUAAAUAUUGGUAUAGUUCAUUCUGAAGCCAAUGUCAACCAGUGCUACUCUUGGUAGUAGAUACACUGUGUCAUUCUACACGUUUGAGUCACUGAUACUAUAAUUUGCUCAGUACUGUUUAAAAUUAGACCUGCAAACAAUUUUUUAAAUUGUGCUGCUAUGGUUUUGAUAAAGCACCUUAAUUUGGAAAAUCUCUCCUAUCAACACUUGUUUAAUUCUGAAAUUUUCUCUCCAGUUAGUGCAGUUUGCAUGAUAAUUGCACUUGGGCCAACCCCCCCUUAUUUAUAAUCUUAGCCUACAUUUGUUGCAUAAUCCCUUUUUUCUUUACUGAACUGCCCAGAGCUUUGUGCCUACUUCAAUGAUUCCCCCCCCCCCCCCCAUAAAGUUAAUAUAAAGCUUGUGUUACUGUUUACUACAGUUAAUGAAACACAGAUGUAAAUAAACCAGUACAGUUUGGUCAUA